AUGAGAUCUGAAGAGGAGCCUAAUAUGUAUGCCCUUUCGUUUUUCUUUACGGGUAGUAUAUGUGUUUCUUUAUUAUGUAUGUGCAUAAUAGGACUAUCCGAUAGAAAUGAAGACCCACCAAACUUGCAUAUUGUGUCUAGAUUCUGGAGAGUUAUAUGGAGAGCACCAAUUGGUCUUAUUAUUGUAUUUUUAAGUUUUGCUGAGCUUGAUUCCACGUUACUAAUGGGUAUAGUAACUAUCUUGUUAGCUGUGCUCUUAGUAUAUGAAAGCAUUGUUUCUACACCAAAAGAUUGCAUUACUUAUCCUAUAACACGGAACAGAUCAUCCCCACAAGAAUAG